AUGGCUGCAAAAAUGCACACCCCAGCCAUCCUCCUCAUCGCGGCCGCAGCCAGCGCCGCCGUCGCCGCGCCCGUCACCACCCUCAACCCUACCGACUCAACCAACCCCGCCAACACCGCCAUCGUCGCACCUGCCUCAGCCGGCAUGGUCGACACAGAAGGCCACUGCAUGCACCCACCGCGUGCCGCCUUCGCCGCUCUUGAUGCCGCUACUGCUGCCGCCGCCGCUGCUGAGAUCGCCUCUGUUGUCGCUGCCGCCCAAGCUGCCACUGCCCAGGCUGCUGCCCAUGCGGAAGAGGAAGAGACACAAGAGCAGUACAACAAGAAGCUCGUCAAGAUGGACAAGGCGCGGGAGCACGGUGUUGUUUGCAUUGUUUUGUAG